GAAGUAGACGUGCAACAAUCUGCAAUGCAGUCUGGGACAGCUGUAAACGGGAUUGUUUGGGCUUUGUGAACCUGAACGUAGGGCAGGUGUGGUUUUGAUGGUAGUUUGUUAUUCAAUAAUAAAGGUAAAGACAUCGCGAUCUCAGAAUAUGUAGGAUACACGUUAUUAUCUGACCCGUGAGCGUUGUGUGCUUACUUGACAAGUGCCACGGUUGAACUGAGUCGUCGACGGGGCCCGGCAGCAGCAACAUCAAUACGGGCAUUGCUAUCACAUACCGUUAGCUAGCAAGGAUACAUUUCCCACUGUGCCAAUAGCGCCAGACUGAUUUUUUUUCUUCCAUUCGUCAAGCUGGAUAAAUAAUUUAGUGAUAGAGGUUUUCAAAUAUCCUACUAACGGUGUGAUGUGUGUAUGUGAGCUUGGUGUUGACAAGUAGCAGAAUAACCACCCAGGAGGAUGAAUGCAGAGGAAGUGGAGCUGCUCAGUGACUCCAAGUACAGGAAUUAUGUGGCGGCGGUUGACAAGGCCCUCAAGAACUUUGAGUACUCUAGCGAAUGGGCGGACCUCAUCUCUGCACUGGGCAAACUCAACAAGGUUUUGCAAAGCAAUGCCAAGUACCAGGUGGUGCCCAAGAAGCUGACGAUAGGCAAGCGUCUGGCUCAAUGCCUCCACCCAGCUCUGCCCAGCGGGGUGCACCGCAAGGCCCUGGAGACCUACGAGAUCAUCUUCAAGAUCAUAGGGCCGAAGAGGCUGGCCAAAGACCUCUUCCUCUACAGCUCUGGGCUGUUUCCUCUACUCUCAAAUGCUGCUAUGUCUGUGAAGCCGGUGCUGCUGGGCCUGUAUGAGACAUACUACCUGCCCCUGGGAAAGACCCUCAAACCUGGCCUGCAGGGGCUGCUGACUGGGGUCCUACCGGGCCUGGAGGAGGGCUCUGAAUACUAUGAUAGGACCAACAUGUUGCUGGAGAAGGUGGCUGCGGCGGUGGAGCAGUCGGCCUUCUACAGCGCCCUGUGGGGCAGCAUCCUGACCAGCCCCGCCGUGCGCCUGCCCGGGGUCACCUUUGUCCUGCUGCACCUCAACCGCAAACUCUCCAUGGAGGACCAGCUCUACGUCAUGGGCAGCGACAUCGAGCUCAUGGUGGAGGCAGUCAGCACGUCAGUACAGGACUCCAGUGUUCUGGUCCAGAGGAGCACCCUGGACCUGAUCCUUUUCUGCUUCCCAUUUCACUUGAGUCAGGCCACCCGUCCAGACAUGAUUCGGAUCCUCUCUGCAGCGUUGCACGUGGUUCUGAGGAGGGACAUGUCACUCAACCGCAGACUGUACGCCUGGCUGCUGGGCUUUGACAACAAUGGUGUGAGGACAGGCCCUCGCAGCUCUCGACAGAGCAACCCUGAGGACCAUGCUACCCAGUAUUUCAAUACCUACUCCAAAGACAUGCUGGUCCAGGCAAUGGUGGGGAUCCUGCAAGGGAAGGCCCGAGGCGGGGAGGAGGAGAGCAUCCUGAUGCAUGACCUCAAGCCUUUCCGCAUUCUCAUCAGUCUGCUGGACAAACCUGAACUCGGACCAGCCAUCCUGGAGGACGUUUUGAUCGAGGUCUUCAGGACAUUACACACACAGUGCCGAGCAGAGUUGGACCUGCAGAACCACAACCAAUUCAGCAAGGACCAUGCUCAUCUCAGCAGCAAACUGCGAGAAAACAAGAAAACUGCAGAGCUUAUCAAGACGGCCAAUCUCCUGUUCAACUCUUUUGAGCCGUACUACAUGUGGGACUAUAUCGCUCACUGGUUCGAGGACUGCUGCAGCAAGGCAAAGAAUGGACCAGGGAAUGCUGGGAGCACAGAGUCCUCAGGGCUCUCAUUGGUGGAAUUCUGUCAGCUGGUGGACUUCCUACUGGACAUUGUGUCCUUGCCUACUAGAAGCAUGAGGGUAAUCUGCCAGGAGACCUACAUCGAGAUCCAGACGGAGCACCUUCCCCAGCUUCUGCUGCGCAUGGUUUCUGCCCUGACCUCUCACCUCCCGGCCCUGGGCCUUGGGGAGCUCACCCACUGCCUGCGCCUCUGCUCUAAGAUCCUCAGCAAGGUGCAGCCCCCCCUGGUGUCCCCCCUGUCCCUGCCCACGGGCCCCCUCGCCUCCACAGUCUCUGCUAAGGAGGAGAAACAGUCCCUGCCUUCUACUCUGGAGCUCCCCAGCAGCGAGGUGUUUGAGAACGGGGAGAACCCCAAAAGCAGUCGCUCCUCCGAGAGUGGCUUCACCGAUUUUGUCCAGUACCAGGCCUCUGAGGAACCAGCACUACCCAAUCAGCCUUCCCUCAAGACUGGCUGCAGCGGCUCCCUCCCAGCCUGCCAGAACAAGCCGCAGGACAAGCCUGUCAUGCAGUGCUGCCUGGAGCAUUUCCAGCACUUCCUCUCCCGCCUGGUCACCCUUUACAUCACCCCGGGGAUGGUAGAAGGAUCUGGGGGUGAGAGGAACGAAGUGGUACGAACGGAACCAGAGGGCGGCGCCCAGCAGAACGGGCGUGAUGUGGUUGAGGUGCCGGGGCAAAGGGAGUGUCUGGCGGCCUUUACUGCCGCCUGCCAGCUCUUCCUGGAGUGCUCUAGCUUCCCCGUCUACAUCGCCGAGGGCAACCUCAAGUCCACGCCCCCGCCUAAGGAGCAGACUGACAGCGAGCAAGUGUGUCCUGCCGUGUGGUUGCAGACCUUGAUGGACGCCUGCUGCCUGGCCAGUGACUUCAGCGUCCAGGGCGUGGCCAUCUCCCUGGUCAUGGACCUGGUGGGCCUCACCCAGUCUGUCGCCAUGGUCACUGCCGAGGGCAGCAUUGCUGGUGGUAACCCAGACUCCACCCAGCCCAUGAGCCCUAGCCAGGGCCGUGUUGCUGUGGUGAUCAGGCCACCACUCACACAGGGAAUCCUAAAGUACAUCGCAGAGAAGACCGACUUCUUUAAGAGUGUGGCCCUUAUCCUGUGGGGACAGUUGGGGGAGGGGACCCCUCAGCACCACCAGCGCAGUGUGGAGCUCUUCUACCAGCUCCACAACCUGGUGCCCUCCUCCAGCAUCUGUGAGGACGUCAUCAGCCAGCAGCUCAUGCACAGAGACAAGAAAAUCCGUCUUGAGGCCCAUGUGAAGUUCUCUGUGCUUUGGCAUCUUACCAGAGACUUGAACAUCACCAAGUCUUCCCCUUUCAACCGCACCUUUGACAGGUCUCUGUUCAUCAUGCUGGACAGUCUAAGUUACUGGGAUGCGUCAGCCAGCGCAGUGGGCCGGGCCUGGCUCAACCAGGUGCUCCAGAGGCACGACAUCGCCCGGGUCCUGGAGCCCCUCCUGCUGCUGCUGCUGCACCCCAAGACCCACCGUGUGUCCAUCCAGCGCGUCCAGGCCCAGCGCCACUGGGCCCAGGCGUUCCCUAACCACAAACCCCAGGCCGAACAGGACCCCUCAGAACCCAUCUACAUGAGAGACUCGGGAAUCUCUGACAACUUCAACCAGAUGCCAGGGGACUCUUUGAAGUCAGGGCUCCGAGGGCUGCCGUUGAGCGACAUGGAGCCCUUCUGCCUGACAGUCAACCCUCUGAGUGACAGCCUGUCCCUGCUCAGCCUGAGCAGUGAGAACCUGGCACUGAGCAGUGACUACCAUCGUCCUGACCAGCAGGGGGAACCCCACCUCCACGGCUCUGAGUCCAGCGGCUCCCACUCCUCCUCCAUAGACAAUGGCAGCUUCGAGGAGCCAGACGGCACCUGCAGCACAGUGAACGGAUUAGGAUCUGACCAUGUCCCUGUCCUUAUAGAGUCAAACAGUAUGGUUCCUGAUGAGGAGGAUUCACUAGAAGAGGUUGUGUUGUCGGUGUUAAAUGAGUUGAUAGACAGGGUGGUGAGUAUGGGAGAGGAUGAGGGGCCACCUGAAACGCCGUCCCCCCCUGAAGCGUGGGCGCAAACGGACUCAGAUAGCUCCUCAUCAGACACGCAGGCUGGUCUUCGGCUCGAUUCGGGCCCCCACGCCCCCUCCCACCGCCUCGAGAUGUUAGCGGGAGGCACCCUGGGGUUCUUCCAUGUCACCCCAGCGGACCAGACAGGGGAGGAGUGGGAGAGGCACCGCGAGGGCAUCACUCGCCACAGCUCGUCCCCCUCCAUCGUGACCCUGCCGGACAGCUCGGGCCCGGCCUCCCCUCACGACCGGAACCUCCGCUUGGACGUCGUGGACCUGCGGGCCCGUAAGCGCUCCCACAGCAGCACCCAGCUCAGCCUCAAGGGGAAGAUCAUGGAGCGUCUGCAAGACAAGUCCCCCGGCGCCAAGCCCAAGGUGAAGAAGAGCAAGAGGAAGGAGGAGGAGAGGCUGAGAAAGGCCAUGCAGGCCGAGAAGCUCCGGCCGCCCAGCAUCUUCUUCGGAGACAGCCUGGAUCUGGAGAAUUGGUACAGCUGCGGAGAAGGUGAGGUGUCCGAGAUCGAGAGUGACACCAGCUCGCCGAGUGGGGGCGGAGGGGUGAGCGGGGGAAAUGGUCCCAACGCGAGAGUGGAGCGUAGAGCUUCCGCCUCGCCGCCUCAGUUCAACAUCCACCCCCUCUACCAGCACGUGCUGCUCUACCUGCAGCUGUACGACUCGUCCCGCACACUGCACGCCCUUUCGGCCAUCGCCGCCAUGCUGCGGGCGGCGCCAUCGGACUUCGUGGACGCCAUCUCCACCACCAGCAUCAACAACACCUACACACCCCAGCUGUCACUGCUGCAGAACCUGCUGGCACGCCACCGCGUCUCCGUCAUGGGUAAGGACUUCUACUGCCCCAUCUCCCAGGACAGCCACUCCCACUCGUUCCGCAGCGCCAUGUUCCUAGAGAUCAUCAUCUCCCUCUGCCUCUACUUCCUGCGCUCCUACUACUCUGCCCACGUGGGCACGGCCGCCACCGACCUGGCGGGCAACCGGGCCAUGCAACUGACCAGCUUGGAGGUCCUCACCCUUCUCUUCAGUGAGCUGUCCAAGGUGACCGGCGGCUCGGCCAAAGGCUUCACCAGCUUCAUCAGCGACGUGCUGUCCAAGUGUAAGGUCCAGAAGGUGGUGCUCCACUGCCUGCUCUCCUCCAUCUUCUCGGCCCAGAAGUGGCACGAGCAGCGGGCGGCCGGCGUCAACGUGGCCUCCCAGGAGGAGGGUCUCUCAGAGGACAGCGUAAUCAACCUCUCAGAAGAUCAGAUGGACGGCUGCAGCGCCGUUCAGUCCCAGCUGCUGAGGCUUCUCCAGAGCCUGGUGGUGCUGGAGCACAGGGUCCUAGUGCCCGCCGAGGAGGGCGGCGACGGGGGGCCCGUGGUCGUCCCGGGGGGUGUAACAUUAGGGGUUGUAACAUUAGGGACGGGUAGCGGGGCAGGGACGUGCUUCGAACUGCUGGGAGGUGAGGUGGAGCACAUGAACCCACAGCAGCCAAUGACGUCGCUGCAGUAUCUUCACGGGCAGCCUAUCACGGCGCAGGGCAUGUUCCUGUGUGCGGUGAUCCGGGCGCUGCACCAGCACCACGCGUGUAAGAUGCACCCGCAGUGGAUCGGCCUGAUCACGGCCACGCUGCCCUACAUGGGCAAGGUACUGCGCAGGGUGGUGGCCUCAGUCACACUGCAGCUCUGUAGGAACCUGGACAACCUCAUUCAGCAGUACCGCUAUGAGACCGCCAUCACAGACACCAGACCUCAGUGGAUGGCCCUGUGCAUCCCCCCAGAUUUGAUUCUAACAGUACUGGAAGGAGUGACAGCUAUCAUCCACUACUGUCUACUGGACCCAUCCUCCCAGUACCACCAGCUGCAGGUGAGUGUGGACCAGAAGCACUUGGCGGAGGCUCGCUCAGGGAUCCUGUCCAUCCUCCACACCAUCAUGUCCUCUGUCACCCUGCUGUGGAGCGUCCUGUACCAGGCCGACAACACAGACCGGCCAGCUGCCGCCUCCGCUGCAUCCACUUCCAACAUCAACCUGGGAUCCACCAAGAACCUGCGUCAGCAGAUCCUGGAGCUGCUAGGCCCCAUCUCCAUGAACCACGGAGCCCACUUCAUGGCAGCUAUCGCCUACGUGUGGAACGAGAGGAAGCAGGUCAAGACCACUGCCGCUUACAAGGUGAUCCCCACUGCCAGUGAGGAGCAGUUGUUGUUGGUGGAGCUGGUGCGGUCGGUCAGCGCCAUGCGUACCGAGACCGUGAUGCAGACGGUCAAAGAGGUCCUGAAGCAGCCGCCGGCCAUCGCCAAAGAGAAGAAGCAUCUGUCUCUGGAGGUGUGCAUGCUGCAGUUCUUCUAUGCCUACGUUCAGAGGAUCCCUGUGUCCAGUCUGGUGGACAGUUGGCCAUCUCUGCUGGCACUGCUGAAGGACUCUAUACAGCUGGGGCUGCCUGCUCCUGGACAGUUCCUCAUACUGGGAGUUCUGAAUGAGUUCAUCCUCAAGAACCCAAACCUAGAGAGCAAAAAGGACCAGCGGGAGCUGCAGGAUGUGACCCACAAGGUGGUGGAGGCCAUCGGCACCAUCGCAGGCUCCUCUCUGGAGCAGACCACCUGGCUGAGGAGGAACCUGGAGGUCAAGGCCUCACCACAGAUCAUGGUGGACGGGACUAGCCUGGAGCAAGACGUAGAGGAUCUAAUGCUCACAGUGAUGGAGGCGUCCAGUUUUACUCCAUCUGUGUACAGCGUUCACGCCCUCACACUGCUAGCGGAGGUGCUGGCCCAUCUCCUAGACAUGGUGUUCUACAGUGACGAGAAGGAGAGGGUGAUCCCUCUACUGGUGAACAUUAUGCACUAUGUUGUGCCCUACCUCCGCAACCACAGUGCCCACAACGCCCCCAGCUACCGGGCGUGUAUCCAGCUGCUGAGCAGCCUGAGUGGGUACCAGUACACCCGGCGGGCCUGGAAGAAAGAAGCCUUCGACCUUUUCAUGGACCACACCUUUUUCCAGAUGGAUUCGUCCUGUGUCAGCCAUUGGAGAGCCAUCAUUGAUCAUCUUAUGACCCACGACAAGACCACGUUUAGAGAUCUUAUGACUCGUGUGGCGGUGGCUCAGAGCAGCUCUCUGAAUCUGUUCUCUAACCGAGACGCAGAGCUGGAGCAGAGAGCAAUGCUGCUCAAACGCCUGGCCUUCACCAUCUACAGCAGCGAGGUGGACCAGUACCAGAAAUACCUACCUGACAUACAGGAGCGGCUGGUGGAGAGUCUGCGUCUGCCCCAGGUGCCCAUCCUCCAUGCCCAGGUGUUCCUGUUCUUCAGAGUUCUACUGCUGCGCAUGUCUCCUCAACACCUCACCUCACUGUGGCCCACCAUGAUCACUGAACUGGUUCAGGUCUUUUUACUCAUGGAGCAGGAGCUUACUGCAGACGAGGACAUGUCAAGGACGUCAGGUCCAUCGGUGGCUGGCCUGGAGACCACCUACUCUGGAGGGAACGGUUUCUCCACCUCCUACAACAGCCAGCGCUGGCUCAACCUCUACCUGUCUGCCUGCAAACUGCUGGACCUGGCCCUGGCACUGCCCUCAGAGAGCCUGCCCCAGUUCCAGAUGUACCGCUGGGCCUUUAUCCCCGAGGCAUCUGAUGACUCGGGCCUGGAGGUGAGACGACAGGGGACCCACCAGCGAGAGUUCAAACCCUAUGUUGUCCGACUAGCCAAGCUGCUGAGGAAACGAGCCAAGAAGAACCCAGAGGAGGACUGUUCCCUGCGUACUCUGUCCUGGGAACGGGGCCACCUCACCCUGACACUCUACAUGAUCCGCAGCAUGGAGCAGCUCCUCCCCUUCUUCAACCUGCUCAGUCAAGUGUUCAACAUUAAGGCCAGCAGCCGCAAUGGCCCCACCCACACCACCGCCCCUAGCCACUCUGGCAACUCCUUCCCCAACAAGGAGGGCAAGCUGGAGAGCCAGAAAGUGUUCUGGAGCCGGGCACGGCAGAACAUUGAGGAGAUGGUGGAGAAAGACUUUCUAGAGGGCCUUAUCAAGACGUGAAUAUGAGGGACAGAGGGAAAUGUAUUUUCCCAAGCGAUAUAUAUUAAUAAAACUAAUCUUGUAUAUAAUGGAACAUAUUAGGGACAUAAACCAUGAACUAAAAAUGAAUGAAGUUUGUACAUUUUUUUUCUCUUUUUGUAUUUAUGACUGUAUUUUACUUUUCAAAGGCUUUUAAUUAUUUGUAUAUACAGGGCAGCUGUGAAGACUGUCUUUGGCAGUUUGUGUAUGCCCUCUGGGACAAUGUGAAGAUGCUGUGCAAUUCUAUAUUGUUGUGACUUACUGAAUUAAAGGCAUCAUGAGAUCCACAUGCCCUGUGUGUCUCGGUCUCACCCUCACCA